CACAGCAUCACAACAGUGCUACAGGGGAGUCUCCAUGAGUCUCAGAAACCAUCCAAAGCAUCUUGUGCUCAGAGAGGUAAAGGAAGGAAAGUCAAGGAGCAGAGCUCUGUGGUCAGGCUGCCAGCUGCUGCAGCUCUGCCUCCUCCUCCGUCAGAGGCUGACCAGUCCAGAGGAGAGGAGAGGGAACUGAGCCAGGCCUUCUCCAGGGUGCUGCUCACCGUGCAGGACGUGGACGAGCAGGACGGUGAGCAGCCACAGCUCUGCUCUCAGUACGUCAAGGAGAUCUACAAGUACCUGCACGUCCUGGAGGUGGAGCAGGCUGUGCGAGCAGACUACAUGCAUGGAUAUGAGAUCACACCGAACAUGAGAGCUCUUCUCGUCGACUGGCUGGUCCAGGUUCACUCCAAGUUCCAGCUGCUACAGGAGACUCUGUACCUCACAGUGGCCCUCCUGGACCGGUUCCUCCAGGUCCAGCCGGUGUCUCGCAGGAAGCUGCAGCUGGCUGGCAUCAGCGCCAUGCUGCUGGCCUGCAAAUACGAAGAGAUUUUCUACCCCGAGGUCGGAGACUUCGCCUACAUCACAGACAACUCCUUCAGCAAGUCUCAGAUCCUGCUGAUGGAGCAGCUGAUCCUGAAGAACCUGGACUUCCAGCUGGGGCGUCCUCUGCCCCUACACUUCCUCAGACGAGCCUCCAAGGUGGCCGAU